GACAGCCAGGACUUCCUCCAGGUCAAUGUUGAGGACACUGUCGAGAUGCUGCCCAAGUCGCGGCGCGCGCUGACCAUCCAGGAGAUCGCUGCCCUGGCCCGUUCCUCGCUGCACGGCAUCUCGCAGGUGGUGAAGGAGCACGUGACAAAGCCGACAGCCAUGGCGCAGGGCCGCGUCGCCCACCUCAUCGAGUGGAAGGGCUGGUGCAAGCCUGUGGAGCCACCCACCGCCCUGGAGAGCGCCUUCAACUCCUACUGCCACCUGAGCGAGGGCGAGCAGGAGGCACGCUUCGCCGCCGGUGUGGCGGAGCAGUUUGCCAUCGCUGAGGCCAAGCUGCGUGCCUGGUCCUCGGUGGAUGGGGAUGACUCUAACGACGAGUCCUACGACGAGGACUUUGUGCCAUCCACGGAGAGCUCCCAGCCCACUG